ACCCCUGGCGACGAGGAGGCUGUGAGCGGCGCGGGUCUGGCCGGGCCAAGGGCGGAGCGGGGUGGGCAGAGCGGCUCCUUCAGAUGGUAUGGAGGCCAGCCGCGCCGACCGCCUUCCAGCCCGCUUCCCAGCUGCCCGCGCCCCGCCCUCGAUCGUGUCUGUGCCCUGAGAGGGUUGUGGGGGAGGCUGCUGCGGAAGAAAUGGCGGCACGGGAGCUGGAGCGGGUUGUGACUUUCAGCCAGAGAAGACUUCUUUGGUGGGAAGGAUAGCAUCCUCCGAGUACCCUGCUAUGUGGGCAGUCUGAAUUUAGUGGUGAAUGAGGUUCCUGUAGAGACCUGUAGGUAGCUGCUCACUUGGAGGUGAAUUAAGAAAAAGAACAAAAACUAUUCAUUUGGAUCCAAGGUCUGUCUCCAUUGGUGGCCUUGGAUUGACAGAAGAUCAUCACUUUUUACAGGUCUCCUCUCAGGCACCAUCAUCCUCCCCCAGCCAGAUUGUGCCUUUACUUUGUCCAUAUCAUUGAAAGGAGACUGUGUGACUGCUAAACUGACAAUUGACUCUUACCUCUUGCUACCAGGUUCAUCUCUGACCCAGUAAAAGAGUGUAAAGACACCAACCUGUGAUACACUGAAAACUAAGGCCAUCUCAGGGCAAAUAUAUAUAUAAUUGCUUCAACCAUGACGGGGACAAAGAAUAAGGCUAGAGCGCAGGCCAAAACUGAAAAAAGGGCAAGCGUACAGGGUAAAGGUGGGGCAGAGAAGGAGGCGACUGGUGUAGUCAAACCUGUAGCCAAAACCCAGGCCAAAGCAAAAACCAAGGCAAAACCUAAAUCAGAUGCAGUGGCAGAGAUGAAGGCAGUAUCUAAGAACAGGGUUGUUGCUGAGAUGAAGGAAGGAGCUCAGUUAGAGCCUAAAGCUCCAGUGAAAGCCAUGGCAGAUUGCAGUGCCAAGACUGAGAACGAGGCUACUAGUGCCAAAUGUAAAGAUAAGGUUGGUACUGAUACCUGGUUCUGGGCUGGGGAAGAGGGUAGUAUUAAUUCCUGGUUCUGGAAGGGAGAAGAGGCUGGUAAUCGUUUCAGUGCUAAGGAGGAAGAUAAAGCUGAUAUUGGUGCCCAGAGCAGUGCUGAGGUAUUGGAGCCUGUGGCAGAGGCCAGCUGCAAGUCUAGGUCAGGUACUGAGGAGGAAGAAGAAGAGAAUGUAAUUGGGAACUGGUUUUGGGAAGGGGAUGAUACUAGCUUUGACUCGAAUCCUAAACCUGUGUACAGAAUAGUUAGGCCUCAGCCAGUAGAUGAAAUUAAUGAAAAAAAUAGGCCCAAGGACUGGUCAGAGGUAACGAUCUGGCCCAAAGCCCCUGCUGUAACUCCAGCAAUAUUAGGAUUUAAAUCUAAGGUCCCACCUGAGACACGGCCUUCUUCAUUUGUUGUUCUGGCCUCAGCUGAAGAAAAUACUCAUUCUUCACCUGCUGCAGCAGCCUGCUCCUCUAAGAGCACUCGCUCAAGCUCACAGCCAAUCCCUGAGUACCCAUUUGGUUCUGAUCCUUGCAUCCAGACCUUAGAUGAAAUUAGACAACAAAUUAGGAUCAGGGAAGUGAAUGGGAUUAAACCAUUUGCUUGCCCUUGCAAAAUGGAAUGCUACCUAAAUUCUGAAGAAUUUGAAAAACUUGUUAACAUCCUUAAGUCAACUACAGAUCCUCUCAUUCAUAAAAUUGCACAGAUUGCAAUGGGUAUCCAUAAUGUUCAUCCAUUUGCCCAAGAAUUCAUUAAUGAGGUGGGUGUAGUGACACUUAUUGAAAGCUUGCUCAGUUUUCCUUCCCCUGAAGCAAGAAAAAAGACUGUAAUUACUCUGAAUCCUCCCUCUGGAGAUGAAAGACAACGCAAGAUUGAAUUACAUGUUAAGCAUAUGUGUAAGGAAACCAUGUCUUUCCCCUUGAACUCACCUGGACAGCAAUCUGGAUUAAAGAUACUAGGGCAACUGACUACUGAUUAUGUCCAUCACUACAUUGUUGCCAAUUAUUUUUCAGAGCUUUUCCAUUUGCUGUCCCAGGGAAAUCGUAAAACCAGAAAUCUUGUUUUGAAACUACUUUUGAAUAUGUCUGAAAAUCCAACUGCAGCCAGAGACAUGAUCAAUAUGAAGGCACUGGCAGCAUUGAAACUUAUCUUUAACCAGAAAGAGGCAAAAGCCAAUCUUGUUACUGGUGUAGCCAUAUUUAUUAACAUAAAGGAGCACGUUAGAAAGGGUUCAAUUGUAGUUGUUGACCACUUGAGUUAUAAUACACUUACGGCCAUUUUCCGUGAAGUUAAAGGGAUUAUCAAAUCAAUGUGAAAUGAGCCAGAAAUGAGAGAAUACUUAACAGUCUCCAAACUGAGAGGUUGGAUAUUCCCACAGAGCCUUGAAUAAUGUUUUGGUUAUUACAGUGUGUGCGUUAUCUGUUAUAUUUUUGACAGGCUGUGGCUUAGAGCUAGAUCAUUUUGGUAUAUUGGAUGUUACAUCUUGAGAUGAAAAUGUUUGUUGAUUUUUAUCUUGCUUAGACUGGCAGAUUUUUAACAUUGUAUUUAAGAAGAUAGUGAACUAGUUCAUCAUAAGUAAGCUACCUUGAUCAUUAGUAUCUGCUUAGAUCCAUUGGUGGCCUCAAAUGACAAAAAAGAAAAUAAAUGGAUUUGCAAUCUAGUUACAGAAAUAAGGCAUAAGUAAUAUAUAUAUACAUAUAUAUAUAUGUAUAUAUAUAUAUAAAGAUAACAAACAGUACCCACAGUAUGU